GGGGUCGGGCAGGGCUCGGUGGGAAGAAGUUCUGACUAAGAAGCAAACCAAGAAUUUGGAAUAUAAGCAGGAAAUGAGACACCUGAGGUCAUGGGGCGAAAUUACUGGAUGAAAGAGGAACCAAUAAUGCCAGCACUGAACUGGAAGCCCUUUAUCUAUGGAGGUUUAGCAUCAAUCACUGCAGAAUGUGGUACUUUCCCCAUUGAUCUGACCAAAACGCGUCUCCAGGUUCAAGGUCAAGUUAAUGAUGCCAAAUAUAAAGAGAUCCGCUACCGUGGAAUGGUGCAUGCACUGGUCAGAAUAUGCAGAGAAGAGGGGUUGAAAGCCUUAUACUCUGGGAUUGCACCCGCGAUGCUACGACAAGCUUCAUAUGGAACUAUAAAAAUAGGCACUUACCAGAGCUUGAAAAGAAUGUUUGUUGAGCAUCCAGAAGAUGAAACCCUCAUGAUGAAUGUUCUGUGUGGUGUUCUUUCGGGAGUAAUCUCGUCAUCUAUUGCCAACCCUACAGAUGUCUUAAAGAUCAGAAUGCAAGCUCAAGGUAGAACGAUUCAAGGAGGAAUGAUGGGCAACUUCAUACAGAUCUACCAAAAUGAAGGCACUAAAGGAUUAUGGAAGGGAGUAUCAUUGACAGCACAGAGAGCUGCUAUUGUUGUUGGAGUAGAGCUGCCAGUAUACGACCUUACCAAGAAGCACAUAAUUCUGUCUGGACAUAUGGGAGAUACAGUAUAUACUCACUUCCUUUCCAGUUUUCUUUGUGGGUUAGCUGGAGCCCUUGCAUCCAACCCAGUUGAUGUUGUAAGAACACGUAUGAUGAAUCAGAAAAGCCAAAACCACGGGGGACACUCAGCCUACAGGGGCACCUUAGAUUGCUUGUUACAAACAUGGAAGAAUGAAGGCUUUUUUGCUCUGUAUAAAGGCUUUUGGCCAAACUGGUUAAGACUUGGUCCUUGGAAUAUCAUUUUCUUUCUGACAUAUGAACAGCUGAAGAAAUUGGAUGCCUGACAUUGCUGAGCUGUGUACAGAAUUCUGUUAAUGUACUGUCUGAGUUUAGAGCAAUGUGCAAGUUGUCUUGAGUGUUUGCUCUUUAUUGUCUGAGCUGCUGGCCAAAGGAAGACGUCACUGCAAGACUGAAUGAGAAGAACGUGGAAGUGAUUUCAAGGCAAACUGGCUCCUGUAAUCAUGGUUUGUGCACGUGAGUCAGUGGAUGAUGUGCACUGUUUUUCAGACUGAACCAAACAUGGUGGAAUACCUUCUGUCAACUGUUUCAAUGCUCUUGAUUGUAAAGAUCUGCAAUGCAACUUUUGCAUCUGAGUCUCAAAACAUAGUGUUUUA